AUGCUUCCUAAGCCGUUGCCAAGCGCAUCUGUUAACUGUCAGCAUAUCCAUAUUUCAAUCAACCCUACACAUUACGAAGAUGCCUUUUUGGCCGGGAUACUUCAUCGACUGCGGUCAAUCUGCGCCUGCACACUGCCAUAUCACCAGUCCUAUCGCCGUGUGCAGAAAAUUGAAGCUGGGGAGACUGUGAGCUGGGGGACUGAAAACCGAAAUUUGCCCAUUCGAAAAAUCAAAGCCGGCCAUUGGCAAAUUCGAUGCGCAGAUGCGACAGCAAACAUGUAUCUAGCCGUGGCUUUGGUUCUUGCUGCUGGGUUCCUGGGUAUAGAGAACCAGGAGACCCUGCGAUGGAAGGAUAAGUCAAGCAAGGACCUCUCUGAUAGCAUGAAAUUCUCCCAGCCACCCCAAGAGGCGCUUCCCCGAAGUCUCGAUCAAGCCCUAGACAUCCUUGAUGCCAACUCGUAUGAGCUAGAACAUAUUAUGGAAAGCAAGGUCAUUACGCAUUAUUUGUCACUGAAGAGGCAUGAGUCAGAGGUAUUAGGAGAGUUGGACGAUGAUACACUUUUUUCGGUUCUAUCCCAGUGGAUCCAAAACUUCCGGCAAUCAGCCGGCUCGGUUCGCCGUAGCUUUGAGCAGGCUCGUCUGGGGUUACAGCAGUACACGUGCACCAAGGGUAAUAUUAGCCAUGCUACCUUAGAUGGGAGCAAGUCCAGUAUUGAACUCUUUGCCGUCUAA